AUGUGCUCUACAAAUAACGCAUUUAUGAAAUUGUUAAUAGACGAACUUAAUAUUUUUAAAGCAAUUAAUUUAUCAUAUUUAAGAAUACUUGAAUUAAACAUUAAACAUCAAAAUUCAUCUGGUAUUCUUGAUAAAAAAUUGAAUGAAAUUCUUGAAAGUAGAAAUUCACAAGCUAGUGCAAAAGUGAAUGAAAUGCUAGUAAGUGAAGAAUUGGAAGAUUGUAUAAUUAAAGAUAUAAAUUAUAAAAGUGCUGACGUUAUAUUCUCCUUAUUAACUUAG